CACGAGCAAGGUUUGAUCUUGUGGUCUGGAAAAAAACUUACACUGCACUUGACAUAAUGUUCUCAUAUGUGAGGGACUUCCCAGACCGUAACUCUGUUAGCACUUUGACAUACAAGCGUUACAUUAAGAUAGUUGGUUCCACACUCUUAAAUAAAAUGUGCACAACUACAAGGACAUACAAGUUCACUCGCUCAUGGCAAAAGACAGUUACUCUUUUCCGAGCAAAGUAUAGCUUCUUUAUUUAUGUAGGUACUCUGGAUCUCACUCUCACUGGUCAAUUAUCUGGACAAAUGGAGUUCGAUGCAUUUAUUGGACGUUUGGAUAAUGAUGUUAAUAUGAAGGCAUCAGCUAAGCUUGAGACAGGACCUACUUUAACUGUUACAGGAGAGGCUACUGCUAGAGUAUUGCUCAAAUACAAAUUAGGUAUUGAAGUCUCAGCCUCCAUCACCUAUACCACAAAUCCAGAAGCAUCAACCUCACUCUGUGGGUCAUCAUCACAGGAUGCUAAUACAUGCUUUGAAGUUUAUGGUACAACUCAAGGAAAUAUUAGUGUUUAUGCAUACUGGCAGUCUAGGAAAAUCCGGUGUAAACGGUUUAAGUGCAAGAAAUCUUGGGGAAGCAAGAAGAAAUUUCGUAAACUAUCACGUACUUGGAGCCUAGCAAAUAGAAGAGAGAAAUUGUUUGGGCUGUGUUAUGCUUGUAAUUGUUAUGGAAGCCACCCCCUCAAUGUCCUUUGCAAGGGUAGCCAGUUUGGAGCCUCACGAUGUUCCUGUUCAACAAGAAGUUCAAAUUGAUAUUCUUCAAUCAUCAUUGAAAGCUGAUGUGAUCAUUUUUAAUGGACUCCUCUUUUUUGUAGUUGAGUUUAAGCUUUUUAUUAGUGUAGCAUAGUUAGAGUAUAAGCAUUUUCAUUUUUUGUAAACAAUGAAUCGCAAAGAUA